AUGGGGAAAAGGACUGCCUAUGACGCCCAUGCCAGGAGUGCGCAUGUUGAUCGCGAGAACAAGCGCCAGAAAAUCGACACUCACUAUGAACGCAAUUCACCACGGCCAAAUGGCAGUGCCGAGGAAGUUACCGCUGCGCGCGACCUGCAGAAUGCUCUCUUUUUCGACCAGAGCUCCCAGAGCAACUUUCGAAGCGGCCUGAGCUUGUUCAAGCAUUUCCUCGAUUCCAUUCUUUACCCGGCCGACGAGCACGAUCUGCCCCGCAAACGAGCUAUUCUCCGCGAGUAUCUGGACACACAAAAAGGAAAAGGACGAGAGGAGAAGGACAAGGCUUUCUUACAAAAUCUUACCCAAGCAUGGGAUUAUGCGGUUGAGACCAACAACAGCCCUAUCGUUUCUCAGGUCACCGCUGUACUCGCACUCUUAUUCAAGGUCUUUUCUAGCCACGGCGAUUUCCUAGAGUACGGCACACUUUUGGCAAAAACACUGCUGCAACCAUCCAUUGCGCGCCGUUUCGUGCGUAGUACUUCGGCCGCAUCCAAGGAAGAGAACGUCAUUGCGCCCGCACUCCGUCUGCUUACUGAGCUUACAAGAUUUAAUGAAGGCGCUCAUGCGAGGGCUGUCUAUGCAAAGAAAGAUUUUACCCUCGAACCCAAGAUACUGGGUAGAAACAUCAACCUAAGCAGAGAACAAUCGGUGGCCGACCAUGUCAAGAAACCAAGCAUCCGAACCACGGCGAUCCGAUACCUCUUGACGCACCUAAGGUAUCAGGACGAACGCGCGAAAAGCGAGAUACUUUCCAACACCAACGUUGUGCGCACCGUCUUCGACCACAUCCGUACAGACCCGCCGUUUCUGAUAUACGAGAUACUAGAUGUAUUCAGAAGCCAUGUAUUCCAGGACAAAGCAAUUGCACGACAAACCAAGAGCAGGAUCUUGAGUGGAAAGACACUUUCGCGGAUAGCAAGUUUAUACAGUUAUGAACCAGAAGAGGGGUCCCUUUCUGAGGGACAAAAGGCUCCCGACCAGCUUGCCCAUGAUUUCUUGCGUCUAGUCUGUACCGAUCCCGCAUAUGGUGUUAUGCUGCCCACGCAAGGUUUCUAUCCAUCUGCCUUUGACGAUAACGAGGAUGAACAGGAUGAUGCAGCUGAUUACGGCAAUGACCUGGGGCUCGACACCGUUGGCAGUUACAGCAAGAUAACAAAAGUACGGAACAUUAUCUUGUCAGAGUUCAUUCAAAGUCAGAGACCAUAUGCAAAUACACUGCAUCAGGAACUUGUUGUGGAUAUAUUCCGAGCUUGCCCUGAGUUGAUUGCGGACUAUUUUAUCAAACGACGCGACUUCAGCUACGACCCUAAGCUCACGUCAACCUGGAUCGGCUAUUCAGCAUUCCUGUACCAAACCAUUCAGCUACCAGUUCCAAAAUAUUUUGGCGCGAAGAAGAACUAUCGCGACUAUCCUCCUCCAGUAGCUGUGCUGAUGAACAGCAUCCUGCCCCAGCCUUUGAACCAGCAAGUACUCACAAAGUGUCUCAACCACAGCUCAGAUCUUAUACAAUUAUUUGCGAUACGGGUCUUGAUUGUGGCCCUUCAGAAGCUACGAGGGAUUCUUCAAGAACUCGGCAACGCCAGUGCUGUGAAAUCAUCCAAACAGUGGGAUCAGGCGUCUAAGCGGUUAGUAUCAGAGGUUAGCCGACGUUGCCCAGCGAUCCGGACGGUCUUUUUGGCGCUUAAGAAGCCCGGUCUCAAGGAUAUGAAGCGAGAGUCAAUCACAAGGCUAUUGCGACUCUACUACGAGGUGACUCCUCAGGUCGCGCUUCAGGAAAAGUUUGAUGUAUCGCUGCCCCUGUGUAACGCAUUGGUGGAGGCCGAGAAGCCGACUGCAUUACCAGAGGACAAGGUAUUUCGCAUCAUGGAGCUUGAACACUGGAUACAAAUGGCAAGGUUGUCGCCAGCGAUGCGCUGGUGGCAGAAGCAGAAAACGCUUUCGUACUCGCCAUUUGUCACGCUCUUGAAACUGCUGGUAACAUCAAAGGAGAGCGAGCUCUAUGCAGGUAUUCGAUCUCUGCUGAGCGACAUCUUGCAGGAUCAAGAGAUGCUGCAAACCAAGACUUCGCCCGAUGCGCUUGACGCACUCAUUGCCAGUCUGGGAUCAACGUCAGGAUCAAGCGCAUCCUCAACAGAGGUACUUGAGUUCCUAGACGACUGCUGCGCGCGUUUCACCAAGGUGCCCAUUAAGUACUUUGACGAUUUGGAUGCCAUGUGCGGCCGCAUUGGACGACCCGCAAGCGACAUGGGGCCGUUUAGCAACCUGCUGAUGACUCUAGUUGAGCAGUGGCCGUUCAAGGGUGGAGAGACAGCAACGAGCAACGCAGCCGAUGCUCUUGCGCAAUGGUUAUCGCGACUUCUCUAUCUUCUCAAACUUAUUGGCGAAGAUGAGAGGAUGCUGGGCCAGGUCCGCGACGCCCUUGUUGAAUCGGCCAAUGUAGCAUACAAGGAGGUGCUCAAGGAUGCUUUCCUGUGGAAGAUGGGCAAGGAAAAAGCCAAAGAAUCAUUGAAGUUGGCAACUGGUGCAGACUUCAGUGGGUCGGAACGAUCAUCGACGUCGCCUGUGCCAGUAGCAGCGCGAGUACAGGAAGCUGAACAGCAGAGUAGGACGAGAUCUGUGGUCGAUCUGGAGGAACCCCCAGUUGAAGACGAAAAACAUACAGGUCUGAUACGCUGGAGGAAGAAGGAGCUGAGUGAAGCGGUUGAAGACGGAGACAUUGGAGAGUUGAUUCUGUGUCUCUGCUCCGAACAUGGUGAAAUCCGCAAGCAGGCUAUCAACAACAUCCGACAGGUUACAGCAACGAUCAAGUUCAGCAGUCAAGGAGAUGGCUCUGGAGGGGAUGCGGGAAGCAGCAUCAACUUUGACCUUCAACAACUCUAUCUCCUUCUCGGUGAGCUUUUGGAGUCUAUUGAUGAGACUGGUAGGGAGGCCUUUCCGUACGUUGGUGGCGUAUUGGCUGCACGUUGCGCGAGCAUCGUUGCAGACCCGACCCACUCGCUUUUCAGCACAGUGAACCGAUUUCUCACUGCCUCACCGGCGUGGGAUGUCAACUCCCUAUUGCGUUUCUUCUGGCACCGUAUUGUGGCCAGCCAGCCAGACGACGACACGACCUACCACAAGGAGGUGGAUUGGUACUUGGAUUACUUGAUGGAUAGUUUGAGGACAGGGGCAGACAUGGAGUUGUUUAGGAGAAGCAACAUAUUCGAACAACUACUGAGCCACUAUGGGUCUCGGUCAUGUUCGGCGUCUACCAAAGACAAGAUUGUGAAGCUCCUGUUGCGGGCGACACAUGUAGGGGGAAGCACAACGCUCAUCACACGAUGCGGACUGAUGGCUUGGAUCCAAAUGAUGCUCGACGGACAUGACGCGCGACAGGGUGCCCUGAGGAUACUGGCUACGCGCGUUUUUGAGACAUGCGAUCAGGAGAAGGUGGCGGCAUGGAGUAGCGGUGGUCUGGGCGAGACGGUGGCCCGUCUCACCAAAGCCUGA